AUAAAAGGGUGAAGCGGAGGCGCUUUCGGCGACUUUUCCGGUCGCCAGGCAGGGGUUGUCGUCAGCUAGUGUCGCCGUGAUGUCUGGUCGUGGCAAGCAAGGAGGCAAGGCCCGCGCCAAGGCCAAGUCUCGCUCUUCCCGCGCCGGCCUCCAGUUCCCGGUGGGUCGGGUGCACCGCCUGCUGCGCAAAGGCAACUACGCCGAGAGGGUGGGCGCCGGCGCGCCGGUGUACAUGGCGGCGGUGCUGGAGUACCUGACCGCCGAGAUCCUGGAGCUGGCCGGCAACGCGGCCCGAGACAACAAGAAGACGCGCAUCAUCCCUCGUCACCUGCAGCUGGCCAUCCGCAACGACGAGGAGCUGAACAAGCUGCUGGGCAAA